AUGGCUUCGUCGCCAACCAGAAGAUCUAGGUGCCGCCGCACUGCGGUUCCUAGAUAUGUGACGGAUGUUUCCGAAGUUGCGGGGCUUGAGAUUGGAUCGUCGCAAGGUGAGCGGUUUAGUGACGAAGAGGAUGAAGCAUCUGAGCCAUUUGAAGAUACACGACGGGAAAAGCGUCGAAAGGAUGACGAUGAUGAAUACGAAGAAAAUGGUGAUAAUUAUGUCGAAGGCUUGGCCGAAGAAGAUGACUUAAUCUCUGCUUUAGACUCUGAUAUUAAGGAAGAUAAGCCGCCAAAGGCUCGCUCCAUACCUAUCGGGCGUGUUGAUGAGCAAGAUGCUUUGGCUACCCAUUCAAGAGGCAUCUACAAGUCGUCAGCACAUGGUGCUAAAGUCACGUACUUGAAAUUAACUUUCGGGGCUAGCGAUGAAGACCUGCUGCCCAUGGUGUACGCCAGGGUUCGGUGGACUAAAGGACGAGAUGUGACAUUUCCCAGUAGGGAGACCUUACGAGGGGCGUUCAACAUGUCCACUGAUGAAAUUGGAGCUGCCUUUGGUGUGAAUGGAGACUUGUUUCGUAAGGAGGCGACAACUGGCUGGGAUUGGUAUUAUGAUGAAAAUACCGGUGGUCGGUUUAAAAAGAGACAGCGAACAGGGACCCUCACAGCAGAAGAGGGUAAAAAGUAUUUGCCUAGAGCAAAUGCAAAGAAACACACUGUGCUAAUGGGGCCUGCAUCGUCCCAGAAAGUUUUUGAAGUGGGUGUGGGCGAAUCGCUUGACUUUGGAGAAGCAUGGAGCGAAAUCAGGCCAAAGGGUAAGAGGGCAGGACUCUCGAAAAAAGGUGAUAGACAAUCUCCUGAAAUGCCGGAUACUCAUGGGUCUCCACCACUCGAAGCGGAACAGAUGUCACGGAUAGAAAAUGCUUCUACGCGUAGGCCGCGGAGAAACCGUGAAGGAUGGAUUCUCAACUUAGGGAACAAGAUUCAGUGUCUAUCAUGGGCUCCAAACUGUUCAGGUACUUCGCAAUAUCUUGCGAUAGCUGUUCCAAUAUCAGAUUUACAAAAGCAAUUGAUAGAUGGAACUUCUUCACAAGGAGCCCCGGCGUUUACACCGUCCGCGCCAUAUCCGUCUGCUAUACAAAUUUGGUCGUUUGAAUCUACAAAGGAAGAAGAUGAUGUUCGUCAACUUGACAUGACUGUUAAGCCGCGUCUACGACAAGUAAUAUGUACUGAUAAUGGUGAUGUGAGGCGCUUAUCCUGGUGUCCAAUGGGCCGUGAAAAAAGAGAGGAAGACGAAACUGAUGAAAAGGUCAAUAUUGGACUUUUGGCGGGGAUCUGGGGGGAUGGAACUGUUAAGGUUUUAGAUGUCCAGUUGAACAAGACUGCCAGCGAGGCAGAAUAUGUCCACGUCCACGUUCCAGCUUUUGUGUCCAAACCACCAUUUACGCUUUGCACCUGUUUCUGCUGGCUUUCCCCAAGUGACCUCGCUGUUGGUACAGCAAAUGGCUUUGUCGGAGUGUGGAACUUGUCAUCGCCAUCCAAUGUCAACGAACCAGAGGCAACUCCACUACCGUAUAUGUACAUUCCAGUUCAUAGUUCCUACAUACUCAACAUCACCUCGUCAUACCCAACAUAUCCGCAUAUGAUUGUUACGACUGGCAUGGACGGUAAAACCAAACUAUUUUCCCUCCUGGAUCCCAGAGCCGACGUUACAGAGGCUUCGCGUUCACGGCUGGGCUCGUAUGAAGUAUCCUAUUCACCGUUGUUGCGAACGUACAUAUGUUCUGAUGACACGGAAUUUGUUCGUAUUCAGCCACUCCGACGGUUCUUCUCCACAUCCUCUAUAUUGCAAACCUACGACUUGGUAUCCGCAAUUGCCUCGGGGAAUUUAUGCCAUCCAUCCUUUCUGGCCGGCAAUGUCAGCGGCACUGUUUCGGUCACAAAUCCUCUUCGUAGGGUGAUGAAUCCAAAGGAAAAGCACUGGCAACAGACAUGGUUUACCCAUGAAUGGGUCCCCGACAAAACUGUGGAAAGCGGCGCUGAACAGAAGGGCGCUUUGGUUGGUCCCGGGGUCAGCAAAUUCUACGACGGGUUUAAAGCGGAGAUACCGAAGUUGAUCAGAAAGCUGACAGGAGAUAGGAGGAUUGUCAAUGGAAACCUUCCGGUGUCGAUUUUUGAAGAAGGGACUGCGAUUACCGGACUUGCUUGGAACCCGAAUAAUGAGUGUGCGGGUUGGGCAUGUGCUGGGAUGGGUUGUGGGCUACUCCGGGUUGAGGAUGUAACUCUCCGAUAG